ACAGACUGGUGCUCUCUCCCACCCCCAGUCCCACAAUUGCUACUGUAUGAAAUUGUGCAACUGUUUCUAUUGCUGAUGCUUUUGAUGAGGAAUUGCUUCAAAGUAUUUGAUGGGAUGCAAGUCAUGAAUGGAAAUAAAUAGGCAAAUAGACAAAGCUUUCCUUUGGGGUGUCUUUGAACCCUACGAUUCUCUCUUUGGAGCACUUCCAAGGUGAUAUUCUCUGUCUCCUUGGUGGGAGCUCAGGGCUCCUUUGAACAAUCAUUGACUGACGAUUUCUCAGCUGAUCUUUGGAACCUGGCAUAUCGGGAAGCCUGCUUCUUUAAGGCUUAAGGAGCUCUUGGCUUUCAUCAGCUGUGCUGCCAGCCCACCUGAGAGAGAGAGAAAGCAGCUGCAGGUGAGAAUGCUCAGGGAGAUGGCAGCGUGCGGGAAGUUGCUGGGGCUGCUGGCUCUCUUGGCUGCCGGGGCUGCUGAUGUCUCGGUGCUGAACACGUGCAUGGAUGGCAAACAUCACAAGACGGAGCCUGGUAAAGAGGAUGAGCUGCAUGGGCAGUGCUCCCCAUGGAAAGAAAAUGCUUGCUGUACAAAUAGCACGAGUCAUGCCGCACAUGAUGACCAGUCCUACCUGUACAACUUCAACUGGAACCACUGCGGGAUCAUGUCGCCUGCGUGUAAACGGCACUUCAUCCAGGACACCUGCCUCUACGAAUGCUCGCCCAACCUGGGCCCCUGGAUUAACAAGGUGGAUCAGACCUGGCGCAAAGAAAGGAUCCUGGAUGUCCCGCUGUGCAAAGAAGAUUGUGAGCAGUGGUGGAACGACUGUCGGAAUGACAUGACGUGCAAGGAGAACUGGCACGUGGGCUGGGACUGGUCCCAAGGGUAUAACCAGUGCCCCCACACGUCGAAGUGUCAGCUGUGGGAAUCUGUCUUUCCUAGUCCACAAGACCUGUGUGAGAAGAUCUGGAGCAACUCCUACAAAUAUACCACCUUCACGAGAGGCAGCAAGCGCUGCAUCCAGAUGUGGUUUAAUGCAACGCAGGGCAACCCCAAUGUGGAGGUGGCAAAGUACUAUGCCAAUGCUGGGGCAGGUCUCUCACCCUGGAUGCUCCUGGUUUUGCUUUUCCCUGCCCUCCUAGCAGCCCUGCCGUGAACUUUGCAAGGGACUUCUCUUGAUCCUGAAGAGUCUUGACCCUGCAAGAUUGCACUGGGAUUUCCCACUUCCUUUAUCGCGGCGAGAGUGCUCUCGUUCCGGAUUCCCAGUAAAUAACACUCCAGCUUGCCUGUAAGAAGAGUUUAUCUUCCGGGACUUUCUCCGAACAUUGUUUCAGCUUCUGUUCAUUUCUAUCACCUCGGCAAACUUGGUCUACUUAUGGGGACGUGGAAAGGAAGGUGGCCUCUAGUAAUAAGGGUGUUUGCAACACCUGGGAACACACAACUGGAAGAAGGAAUAAAAGCCUGGUUCUUCAAUUCAA